CGCCGGCGCCGACGCCGCAUCUAGUACCCACUCGGCUCUCGGACGACGCGCGCGCAUGUGAUACCAGCACCAGAUACCGAUACCGAUAUUGUAUAAAAGGGCGCGCGCCCUUGGUACCACACAGUUCACUUCAAACCGGGCAGCACAUCAAACUCCAAAAUGCACUUCCGUCACGAUGAAGAUGAUGAUGGCGAGGGAGUUAUUCUGGCUAAAGGGGUGUCCAUGGUUGUCCUUUUCUGUGCUUCCAUGGUCUGCGGAAUCGCUCCUCUGCUGCUGGCGAAGAAGUUCCACUGGGUCUCGGCUGGAGAGGCCAGCAACCUGAAGUCUACGAAUAGAAUAGUGAUGACAUUGCUGUCUUUUGGGGGUGGUGUGCUCCUGUCGACCACCUUCAUGCAUCUGAUUCCUGAAGUGGACCAUAAUGUGGAGUAUUUGGAAGCGACCAACCAGAUCAGCAGUUUCGAGUUCUCGCUGGCGCACCUGCUGAUGUGCUGCGGUUUCUUCAUCAUGUACCUGGUGGAGGAGCUGGUGCAUCUGUACAUACAUCGACGGGAGCGACGGAAUGCUAAGGCCAUGCCGCUCGUCCGAAACUUAAGCGUGCGCAAGAGCCGAUCCAGCCCGGACACAGCGGGGGAAAGUGUCACCAACUCCACUGCGGACCUCAUCGAGCCAGAAAAAGCCAAGAACGACGUGGAAGUGAACCACCACGGCCACUCGCAUCACGCCCACACCCACAGCCAUAUGCCCGUGAACACUGGCGGCGAUGACGUCACCGCAGCACUACGAGGGCUUCUCAUUGUGCUCGCCCUUUCCAUCCACGAACUCUUCGAAGGUCUGGCUGUUGGAUUAGAAUCAAGCGCUUCGAACGUGUGGUACAUGUUAGGAGCAAUCUCAGCCCACAAACUGGUCAUCGCCUUCUGCAUCGGCGUAGAGCUAAUCGCAACCCGCACCAAGACUUGGCUGGCCAUUAUCUACAUCACAACCUUCGCCAUCGUGUCGCCAAUGGGCAUCGGCAUCGGCCUAUUAUUGGUCGGCGGGCAGGGAGCGACUGCCGCUGGUGUUUACUCCGUGGUCCUGCAAGGCCUGGCUUCGGGAACGCUGCUUUACGUCAUAUUCUUUGAGAUUUGGAAGGGCGACAGAUCGGGCGCGUUGCAAUAUAUCUCUGCCCUUGUUGGAUUCGCGCUGAUGUUUGGACUACAGUUACUUACACCUCAUACUCACUCCCAUGGCGGCGACGGUCAUACUCACGACAGAAAGUGAAGAUGAAGGGAUUUAACUGCUACCAGGAAUUGCCACGUUGAGUUUAAAUGAAAAUACUAUCCCUAGUGGAUAAAGUUAUCUAGAUGUCGUAAUGUUGUAUAACUCAUCAAUUCAUCUAAUACUUACCUACUUAUUAUAAUAUAUUUCAAAUGUUACCCAUGUCGCUGGGGUGUCGUGAGCUGAAUGUAUUUUAUGACUAUAUAGUUUGCUGUAGCAACGGUACGUUUAAGUUCUAAGAUAUCGAUGCGACAAAUUGUGCAUAUACAAUAUUAUAUUUGUGAUCGACCUUAGUGCCAUAACAUUAAGGUCCUGGCCGCGUAGCCAAAAUGCCAAUCGCUUACGCUCCGUAGCGAUCAAAACGCAACUGUCACUGUCGCGCUAAUAUGGAAGAGUGACAGAGAGACAUAAUGCUUUUCGUUGUCGAAGCGAUAGCGAUUGUAACCUCGGCUAGGCCGGCUGUACGCCUACAAAGUUUUGCGAAAUAAGUUGCACCGAUAUCUUAGUUAAACCUUGUCAUUUGUAGGCUGUAAAUAUGUAACCAUCUUUUAAAAUAGGAAUUAAAUGCCUGCUAUAGUAUAUACUCGUUGUAAAUAAAGGUUAACAAAGGAAAACAUAAAUAUUGUUAUGUGAUAAAAAAAUGUUUUAAACUGUAGCGCUGUUUUGUUCCGUGGUACGUCUUAAUUAAUAUUAGAUAGGCAAUGAGUUUGUAUUAUUCAAUAAUUAAUGUUAUUAUUUAUAGUUAUGAUUUUAAUACCGCUACGAGGAAAAUUGGCUCAAUAUUUGAACAGUUUUUGAUGCAGAGACGAUGAACAUAAAUCUAGUCAUCGAUUUAUUUUAUAUUUAAGUCCUGUAUAUUAUGUUUUAUAUGUGUUAUAUAAUCUAUAUAUGAUCAGAUAUAUUGAUCCACCUAAUGCCCAGUUAUUGUGUUGAACGAUAGACGAUUCUUGGAAUUAAUUGAUACGUAGUAGACAGGUUUCAUUUGAGCUAAACCGGGUCGGUGUUAGGUAUUUAUUUUAAAUAUGUUGACAACACUUUAUUUGUAACCAACUAUGAUCAAGAGUAAGUAGUUACUCGAGAUAUUCAUGCUAGAUUGUACAAAUAUUAUUUUGAAAAAAUAUGUUUUAAUUGGUAACAAAUGCGUGAGUGGUAAGAAACACAGUGAUAUCGUAUGUAUGUAAUUGAAAUUUACUAAUUUAACUUUAUUUUUACCUACUAUAAAAUUAAAACAAAUACGGUUUUUGCCUUGUUAGUGUAGGUAUCCGAAUGUAACUUAGGAGCUUUUCCUACAAUACGGAAGACGUAGUUAUCGCUUUUAGUUCCUCCACCACGCUCUUUGCCAAUAGUAAUCAUAUUUGAAGUAUUAACUAGACCUUCAUUAUUUUCUUUAUGUGAAAAGCAUUAUCAGACUGUGAUAUUAAAUUAUUUGGGUAGCUCAAGAUGAACUUAAAUGACGAUUUUAAAGAUUUUUUUGCAAUUCGACGUAAAUAUCGGUACAAAAUAAAAUGGACACAGUGAAUAAUACAAAAGCACUACAGAUUUUGUGAUGUUGUAUUUAAAGUAAUUUAGUUGUUUUGUUAAUAUAAAGUAAUUUAAGAGAAUCUAGGCAAGAUUGCAAUAUCGCAAAAGUGGAUUUACCUACACAUUUUUAAGACUCCAAUAUAAUAUGAAAUAUUUUUAUACACAAAUACUAUAUUCACACAUUAAGCCCGAACAAUACUAAAUAAAUAUUUUUUUACGAUUUAAAAGUUAUUUUAUUAUGACACAAAUCUGUUAUAUUUCGUGUUUUGUGUGUUUCGUGUUUUGGAGAUUGUGCUGUUUUGGCCCGAAGAUAAUCAUAUUGUAUGUCUGAAUGAAGAUAGGCUACUAAGUUAUUUCAGCAAUCCUCCUGGUGUCUGGAUAUCAAUUUCUGCUAGUUUACAUUUAACUCGGUCAAACCGACAAAGAGUUGAAAGUUAUUGUGGUCUUCGUGCUACGUGUAGGACGCAGGAGGUUAAUGUGAAACAUUUUUUUUUUAUUGUCUUCUAUUACUUAAUUAAAUCAUUGUGAAAACA